AUGGCUACCCCUAAAGAUAUCCACACCGAGGCGCUAGUCGUCAGUAAGCCAGAGGGAGAUUUCGUGAUGCAGCCUAUUAUUCUUGACGAGGUUCGAUCUGACGAAGUUCUCGUCGAGAUGAAGUAUUCUGGCAUCUGUCACACGGAUAUUUUAUUUCAGACGGCGAAAAUCCCCAAUGUGGAAUAUCCAGCCAUCUUUGGCCACGAGGGUGCCGGGGUCAUUCGAGCCCUUGGCAGCCAUGUCAAGGAUAAAUCUCUACGGGUUGGGGACAGCGUUUUAUUAUCCUUUAAUUCCUGUGGAAAGUGUAAGCAGUGUCUUGCGAGCUCCCCUUCCUGUUGUCACGCCCACUUUCCCAUCAAUGCGGGCUUAGUCCGCGUCUCGGAUGGGAGCACGCCCGCAAGAUUUGCGGAGGGCGGGACACCUAUACGGAGCCAGUGUUUUGGUCAAUCUUCCUUUUCCCGACUAUCGAUUGUUACGGAGAACAGUGUGGUCAAGUGUCCCUAUCCCGAUUCGCUAUCUUACUAUGCUCCUCUGGGCUGCGGGUUCCAGACCGGAGCAGGGACAGUACUUAAUGUACUAAAGCCAGAUAAGACCAAUUCUGUUGUUAUUUUUGGUAUGGGCAGUGUCGGGAUCGCCGCGUUGAUGGCUGCGGCGUACCUCCAAGUGAAGCAGCUUGUGGCGGUUGAUAUCGUCGAUGAGAAGCUUGCACUUGCAAAGGAAUUCGGCGCUACGGUUAUCAACCCAACGAAAAUUGGCGACGAAGGGAUUGGAGCUGUGGUGAAGAGACUCACAGAAGGUGGCGCUGACUACGCUAUCGAUUGUACUGGACGUCUUGCCGUGAUCGAGUCAUUAUUUACAUGUCUAGGCCUAAAAGGCACCGCAGUAUCUGUGGGCGUGCCACCCCCGAACAGCGAAAUUCGCAUCAACCCGCAGACAUUCUUGAUGCAAAACACGAGUUAUAUCGGCGUGCUGGAAGGGGAGUCCAACCCUCAAAAGUUUAUCCCUCAGUUGAUGGAGCUUCAUCAACAGGGGCAUUUCCCCAUCGAAAAAUUAUGCAAGGUCUAUUCUGUAAAAGACUUUGACACGGCAAUACGCGACUUGCGCGAAGGAAAGGUGAUCAAGCCGGUGAUUCAUUGGGAUUAG